GCAACUGGGCACAGCCCCUGCAUGAUGUCAGUGAACAGCGAAUGGGGAUUUCCUCUUCUCCUGCAGGGAGUGGAGAAAAGUUGAGUCAAGGCGGAAGUCAAUGUACACUGAGAGACACUCAGCAACAGAAGGGCAAUUGGCGUUGAACAGGCGAAGGGAGAUCACGUAGAUUUACGAAGGCAGCUGUGUUUUGGAAUUUGGACCAUAAAUACAUCAUGAGCAACUACAGUGUAUCCUUGGUUGGCCCGGCUCCGUGGGGUUUCAGGCUCCAGGGUGGGAAAGACUUCAACAUGCCACUGACUAUCUCUAAGUUAACCGAUGGAGGGAAGGCAGCCAGGGCCAGCAUUGUAGUUGGAGAUGUGGUUCUGUCCAUUGAUGGGAUCAGCACCAAUGGGAUGACUCACUUGGAGGCCCAGAACAAAAUCAAGACAUGCACUGGUUCCUUGAACCUGACUCUGCAAAAAUCUACUGGUGCUACAAAGCCUGCUUCAGUUCCAAAGGAUGAGCCUCAGGAGAUAUUUAAACCAGUACCCAUUGCAUCUCCUCUUCCUACUGCACCCAAAAGCACACCUGCUCCCAGCGCAGCCUACAAUAAGACAGCUAGGCCUUUUGGAGCUACUGCAGCACCCAAAGCUGCCUCCAUUCCAUCAGCAUCAUCAGCGUUCACACCUGCUUCCACUCCCCAUUCCUUUGCUGCUCCCCCACCACCCCCCUUUGCAACGGCUGCUGCCCCUCCUCCACCUGCAGUAUAUGCAUCUACAAAUGCUAAACCCAUCCUAGACGGGCACAUGCCCCCACCCAGUGCAGCUAAAGUUACAGUAGCACCAUCUGUUAAUGUCCCACCGCAGCCCUCUGUCUAUAAUACCCCCAUCAAUCUCUACUCCAACAACAACGCCUGCGAGGUCGCUGAAGGCCAGAGAAGAGGACUGAACCAAAAGGGCGCUGCACAGCACAAUGGAGCACCAAGAAAACCCAUUGUGGACACGGAUAUUGAAUUUGACCAUGCUCCCACUCACGGAGACGCCAGUAAGAAACGCCUGAUCGAGGACACUGAAGACUGGCAUCCUCGGACAGGCACUUCCCAGUCACGCUCCUUCCACAUCCUGGCCCAGAUCACUGGCACUGAACGCGGGCAAGAACAAGAAAGUGAUUCUUCUAAGAAAAAUGAUGCUGUGGAGUUACUCCAGCCCAGCACUCAUAUUACUUCCUCUGUGAAGACCAUGAGCAAGGCUCCAGGCAACGUCCCCCGACCUGCACCUGUCAGUGUUGCACCAGUUCCAGCAUUUAAAUCCACUGCAGCCCCCGUCGCUGCCAAAUCUGCAGGCUGGCAACUUGCUAACGCAGGAGCAUCUGGAUUCCAAAAGGCUGCUCCCAAUACUGGCCACAUAACAUCUGCUUCUGGCCAUGUGUCAAACAGCUCUAUUCAGUAUGGAGCAAAGGCACCCCCAGCCAACGCCAUGAGCAGACCAGCCCCACAACCACACCCAAAAGAUCAGGACACGCUGGUCCAGAGAGCAGAGCACAUCCCGGCUGGGACCCGCACCCCCAUGUGUGGACACUGCAAGAUGGUCAUCAGAGGCCCUUUCCUGGUGGCCAUGGGAAAAUCUUGGCAUCCUGAGGAGUUUACCUGUGCUCAUUGUAAAAACUCCUUGGCAGAUACUGGUUUUGUGGAAGAGAAGGGCUCUGUGUAUUGUGAGCACUGUUAUGAAAAAUUCUUUGCCCCCACCUGUGGCAGGUGCCAACGGAAGAUUCUUGGGGAAAUUAUCAAUGCUCUGAAGCAGACCUGGCAUGUCCACUGUUUCUUGUGUACGUCUUGUCAUCAGCCAAUCCGCAACAAUGUCUUCCACUUGGAGGAUGGGGAGCCCUACUGUGAGCGAGAUUAUUAUAACAUGUUUGGUACAAGCUGCCAUGGUUGUGACUUCCCCAUUGAAGCUGGAGAUAAGUUCCUGGAAGCCUUGGGAUAUACUUGGCAUGACACCUGUUUUGUGUGUUCUGUAUGUUCUACAAAUCUGGAGGGUCAGACUUUUUUCUCAAAAAAGGAAAAGCCCUUAUGCAAGAAACAUGCCCAUUAAAUUAACUUUUAAUGGUCUAGACUCUUUUGAGUCUGCUAUCAACAAGAAGAAAAUACAAGAUAAUUAAUUCAUCAGCUGAUGAUAUUUACAAAAAUAAAAACAUGCAUGUAUUGUAUAGGUCUUGAUUAGGGAUAUGUUAUUUGGGAUUGUGCUGUUUUUCUUUGUUUUAAGGGCUAUGAUGUUGAUGUGGGGGACUACACAUCUCCAUUCCCUCACCUCUCCUGUACUAAUCGAAAGUAACAGUUGGUUUAUAUGCAAGGGAAAGAUGAUGUGUACCAUAUACAUAUAUCAAGUUCUUAUAUUCUGUAGUAAAAAGGUGGUGGGAGAACAUUCCAUGGGUGAAAAAAAAAAAAGGUGGUGGGAGUGUUCAAAAUAGCAUGUAAUAUUAUUAAAACAAGAGCAUCAAUAUAAUAUAAUGAAGCAUUAAUGAUAACAGUGACAAUGAAAAAUUCUAAAAAUGUGGUACCAAUAUAUACUGUACCAUCCUGAUUUUUUUAUUUUUAUUAAAGGCAUAAAAUGGGUUCCUUUUAAUCUGUUUUAUUUUUUACGGUUUAAGUAGAUGCAUACAUUGUACACAGGAACCAUGGGACAGUGUUGUGUUAACAAUGGAAUUUGUGUUUUUUUUUUUUUUUUUUUAGCACGCUAUAUUCACGCUAUAUUCACAUUAAAAACUGAACAGGGGGCAGAAAUACAAUGUUAUCUCUUUGUGCUCAGCAUGAAAAUCAACUGUUCAAAUAUAUAUUUUUUUGUUUGAAUUUUUAUAUGAAUAACUAUGUUCAAAGAGGAAGAGGGUUUGUUGAGUUAUACCACAUAUUUAGUUAAAUGUAUAAAGAAGGUACAUGGUAUUAUCAAGAGAGGCUGCUGGGGUUUAUUUAACUUAAAUAUUGUAUGUAACAGUAAAAUGGUAAUUUUCAUAGCUUGCAAUGAAUCAUUGUAUAGGGUCAUUAUGCAGUAAAUAAACACUAAUUCUGCCAUACGUACACUCAGUACAUACCAGAAUGAAGUCUAUGUUUAGAAAUGCUUUAAAAAAUACACAGUUGAAAUAUAUUUUUAUAUAAUAAUAAUAAUAAUCUUUGUUAUACAGCGCCUUUUAAAAGCAACAUCUCAAAGCGCUUUACAAACAAACAAAACAUAAGAUAAAAAGUCAUAAAAAUGCCUUUCUAUAAAAGUAGGUCUUUAAGGUAGAUUUUAAAAGCAUUAAUAUGUGUCUAAUGCAACAGGUAUGUCAGGAUUGUGUAGCUUUUACUGAUAAGUGACCCAAUAACCAAAUUGUUUCACAAACUGCAAGGGAAUACUAUGUACAUAACUGGUGUAUUUUUAUUUGGUAUGUAAGCACAGUUAACUUACAGUUCUUUGUUAUAGGCAAAUGAAAAAGGUUAAAUAUAUUUGAAUUGCACAUAAGAUGUAAUAAUGGAUGUGGAACAUUAGAGAUAUCAUCAGUAGUUUGUGUUGGUAUUGGAUUGGUAAACGUUGAACAAAAGUGGGGCCUACAAUUUUUUACUUUCAAGGUAUUACAGAAAGCCAGUAUGUUUUAGUCUGCCAAGAUAGCUGUGGUCAUGUGAUGAUAAUAAUAGAUCAUAAUAUCAGAACACUUUACAAUUUUGGCUUCAUACUCAGUACACAACUGUAUUAUAUUACUUUCUUGGUGAAGUUCAGCUGUGGUUAUUUUACAAGAAAAAAUAACAUGACAGUUACAAAUCUUUUUGAGGUAGUGACUUGUAUAUAACACUGCAUGCUAAAUUUGUUGUUGAACUUGAAAUGUACAUCUGACCUGAUACUUGACUGUAUGUUUCUGGUGUAUGACACAGUACAUCCAGUCAAUUACGGUAUCCAUUUUACUUCAUAUUUACCAAUCAUUAAAGUACAGAUGCCAUUCUGCUGAUAUCAUGCACCUGGGGAUGCUUAGUUUUUAUUAGUUUCCAGUUUGGUACCGGUGCAAUAAAAGUCUUUGGGGGGGGGAAAAAAUAUUUUUUUGAUGGAGGUCAAAAUGCUGACUGGUAAAUUUGCCAUAUUAUUGCUUUCUGGGUAGGUAAACAAAGAUUUUUUAAUGAUUCUUAGGGUUAGGGUUUGUUUUAUGAUUCCCUUUCAAGUACAAAAAUGUAACCAUUACCUCAUGGGUAUUAAUCCUUUGAACCUGAAUAGAUAUUCCAAAGCUACAUGUAGUGCCAGUGACGCAGUCACGCCCACCCCCGAGGGCAUAAAAGAGACUGCUGACACUCAAAACGUCUUCAUUUUUCCUUUCACCAACCUGAGAGAGAGAGAUCUACAAACAGGUAAGUGACACUGAUUGUUUGCUUGUGUUUAUCACCUAUUGCGAUUUGUUUUUAUGUGUUUUAGUCAAAAUUACGUCACAUAUUGUGCACUCAGCCGUGGCUGUUCAGUAGUCCCUCAGCGGCCUUGUGCUCUGCGUGAAGCCGGCAGCUCUGCUGCUCCUUCCCCGGGAUCGAACGCCUUAAGCUGGCUGCUGGUGCUCUCUCGUAAGCUGCUAGCUUCGGUUGAAGUGUAAAAUUAAAAAUGGUUUUGGAUUAUAAAAAAUAUAUUACUGUUUGAUUACUGUUUUGUGUGAGAAGAAAUUGUUUUCAAUCUGCUUGCAGCUUUUUCCCAACAGUGUCUCUGUACCACAUUAAGAUCUGCUUGCAGAGUUAGUGUGAACACUGUUAGGGCUCUACCAGUAGGCUUUCCUUUGGUUUCGAUCUGUUGGUACCGUUUGUACCGUAUUUACAACUGAACCUCGGCUGCGCAAAUGGGAAGCUUCAGUAAGUUCCGCUGUCAAGUGCAAAGGCAAAAGCCUCAGGCUAAGCCUCCGACAAAGCAGCAGCCCUAGUAAUUUGCUGCCACAGGCCCAGGGCCCCUUUUCAGGGAGUCACCUGGAGUACUGGCGUCAAUGCACCUCGGACACAUGGGUGCUCAAUACUGUACAGACCGGCUGUUCUCUGCAAUUCAAACACGAUCCUCCUCCAUUUUGGGGAGUGACUACAACAUUAGUCGCUGAUCCGUGAGACACAUUGGUGUUGUCUCAGGAGGUGACAGCCCCGUUGCAGAAGCGGGCUAGUUGCACAGUUCAUCCUCUUCAAUUGUAAGAAGGUUUUUACUCCAGGUACUUCCUGGUGCCCAAACGGGAUGGUGGCCUCAGACCAAUCCUCGAUCUCAGACAGGUCAACCCAUGUCUGAGUCGACAGAGGUUCAAAAUGUUAACCAUGCAGCAGUUGUUGCAGUCAAUAAGGCCAGGCGACUGGUUCACUACGGUGGACUUAAAAGACGCUUACUUUGUAAUAUACAGCUUUAUAAUAUCUAUGCAGGUUAGACGGUAUCAAAGGAUUAAUACCAAUGAGGUAAUGGUUACAUUUCUAUUUCAGGGAAACGAGGGUUAUGAUAAUAACCUAACGUACUUAGGGUUAGGGGUUGUUUUAUGAUUCUUAGGGAUGUACACUGGUUCCUGGGAAUAUAAUCGUUCUAUACAUAAAAGUAAUUAAAAAAAAAAAAGUUUGGUGGACAAAUAUGAUGUAUAUAUUUAUGCUUGUUUUUGCCUACUUAACAUGACCACAUCAGUAUUGUUAGGUCUAUUUUUAGUUUUCAGCUGGUAUUACAACAGUCCUUUAAUCACAGAUGUGUAGUACUGUAUCAUUUUUUUUCUUUAUCUUGUCUUCCACUGUUUGUUAGUAAUCCUUUGCCUUGAAAAUGUCUGAACGUAUAGAAUGUGCAAUGAGAGUGGUAUAUAUUUUAAUUAAAAAGGGAUGUUCCUAUCAAUGUAUACCAGAAAUGUGAUCAACAUAUUGUUCUCUUUGUGCACAAGUUAUUACGAAUAAACUGGUUUGGUAAUCCUUGAAA